AAUUCAUACCCAUCUUCCCCAAGUUGGCCAACCAUUAAAUGAGUUUGCUCUGAGUAUUAAAUGCUGCAGCUAAGCAAACCCACCCACUUUUCUUCCCCUCAAAUUCUCUCUCCUCUCUCCUCUCUCAUUUUCCCCUUCAUUCAAAUGGCCAUUUCCACCACCACCGCCUCCCUCCUCCUCUUCUCCCAAUGUCCACCGCCCCACCACCGCCGCCGCUAGCUGCCGCCGCCGCCAAAUCCUCAUCGUUCUCGCAGAACCUCAAUUCAAUCGGCCUCGGCUACGCCAUCGCGAUCGCCCUAGGGUUCCUCGUCCUCUUCUCCACGAUCCUCCUCGCCUCCUACAUCUGCUGCCGCUCCGCCGCCUCCCGCCGCCGCCGCCGCGACAAUCGGGACCGAAACCCUAACCACUCGAACGAGAACAGCAUCUACCUUCCCCGGAUAAUUUUCGUCGCCGAGGACGACGAUAACGAUUCGCAAAACGCCGUCGUCGGGCUCGACGAGGCGGCCAUCAAUUCGUACCCUAAGUUCGUCUUCGGUAAGAGGAACGGAAUCUCUGGCGGCGGCGGCGACGCCGUCUGCUCGAUAUGCCUGUGCGAGUACAGGGAAUCGGAGAUGCUGAGGAUGCUGCCCGAUUGCCGGCACUACUUUCACGUGAUGUGCGUCGACGCGUGGCUGAAGCUCAACGCGUCGUGCCCGGUCUGCCGGAACUCGCCGCUCCCUACGCCGCUGUCGACGCCGCUGCAGGAGGUGGUGCCGCUCUCGCAGUACACAGAUGGGCGGAGAAGACAGUGAGUAAGUAAAGGGGUUGAUUUGGCCAUUAGGGAGUUGUUUAGGGGUCGGAGUGCGAUUCUCAGUAAAGGUAAGGGUAUGGCAAAGGUGAAUAUCUUGAAAAAGUUAGGAUCACUGGUUAUGUUUGCUAGUACUGUGGCUAUUCUUGUUUGCACUGCAGCCACCUUGUCCAAAUCCUAUUCUUUCCGACCCUUCCUACUUUCCGACACCUCAUCGUGCAACUACGAAACCCUCUCGCCGAAUCAUCGUCAUCGUACAAACCAAACACAGAUCAAGAACACUGUCCAAAUAGUCAUCCACAAGAUCCAACGACACCUUGAUCACAUGAAGGAAAAUUCCCGGGACGAAGAAUCCGAACACGCUUCUUUCCUCGCCGAUAUUUUAGGCCUCAUCGGAUCAGUCAACAUCUCUCUCUCAGUCAACUCAGAACAAAACCUCCAAGGAACUCCCUCGAACCUUCUACAACCUUCCGAGUACUUCCUAACCGAAGAAAUCCGAAAGUACGUCAAAACCAAACCCAACCGCCUCCAAAAACCGAAUUUCAUGGGCACAAACGGAACCUCCACAAGCAUCGGACAAGCGUGCUUCUCCAUGAGGAAGCUUCUGGAAGAUUACAUGGACUACGACGUGGGCGACAUAUGCGAAGAUGAUUGGAAGUUGGCACAACAAUUAAUGGUCAACGGGUGCGACCCUCUCCCUAGAAGGAGAUGCUUCGCGCGGGCCCCACAAUUCUACACCAAACCCCUCCCGGUAAACGAGUCCAUGUGGGGCCCACUAAACGACAAAAACGUCCGUUGGAGCCAAUACCGAUGCAAGAACUUCACUUGCCUAGUCAGCAAUGCCACCACUUCCAAAAAGGGCUUCUCCAAAUGCACCGAUUGCUUCGAUCUCGCGGGCCACGAAUACCCGAGAUGGGUCGAACCCGUUUACCAAGAUCCGAAUUCGAACACCACUUCGGACUUUACGAUAACCGAAGUUCUUGAUUUGAAGCCAGGCGAGAUUAGAAUUGGAUUGGACUUCAGUGUGGGGACGGGCACAUUUGCCGCUAGAAUGAAGGAGAAAAACGUGACUAUAGUCUCGGUCGCGAUAAAUCUCGGCGCGCCUUUUAGUGAAGUGAUCGCGCUUCGCGGGUUAAUCCCGAUUUAUUUGACGAUCAAUCAGAGGCUUCCGUUUUUCGAUAACACGUUGGAUUUGAUCCACACGACAAGGUUUCUCGACGGGUGGAUCGACUUCGUGACGUUGGAUUUCGUUUUGUACGAUUGGGACAGGGUUUUGAGGCCGGGUGGGAUAUUGUGGGUGGACAGUUUCUUUUGUCUGAAAGAGGAUUUGAGUGAUUAUUUGGACGUGUUUAAGAUGUUGAGGUAUAGGAAACAUAUGUGGGUUGUUGUACCCAAGUGGGACAAGAGUGAUGAUAGAGAGGUGUUCUUUUCUGCUGUGUUAGAGAAGCCCCCAAGGCCAUUUUAAUUAUAAGGAAAUUAUUAAUGAGUUUUGAUUUGUAUUAUGUUGUUUUUUCUAAUGUGUGUUUGUAGAUUUUUCAUAUUUUUCUACUAGGAUUUUGGUUUUUGUACUUAGUUAAUAAUCAUGGCUUUAUGUGAUGUGAUUAGCAUAUGU